GGCAGCCUUCCCUGCCUCAAUUGCCUGGACCCAGAAAAGUUCGACGCCGGAAACCGCGGCAUCGACGGCGCAGGCGGGGGAUCAUGGAACUGGAGAACUUCAUGGCCAACACUUUGUUGCUGAAGGCUCGUCAAGGAUUUACCAAAAAGACUGGUCGCAGUAAAAAGUGGAGAGAGCUCCUGAAGUUGCCCCCAGUCAGCAUGUGCAGUGACUUACGACACUCCAUCGAAAAGGAUUUUAGCAGUCUUUGUGACCAACAGCCAAUCGGAAGACUUCUUUUCAGACAAUUCUGUAAUACGAAACCAGAUCUAAAGAGGUGCAUUGAAUUCUUGGAUGCAGCGGCAGAGUAUGAAGUUACCAUCGAAGAGGAACAAAGAGAAUUUGGACUAUCCAUCUACAGUAGAUUCUUCAAAGAGAAUUCAGAAGUCUCCUUACCACAGAUACCUCCAGAUCUUGUGAAGGAGUGUAAAUGCAAUCUGAAGCAGAGUUCUCCCUCUCAAAAUGUGUUCCAGGACUGUGCUGGGCGUCCAGUAACAAAGAACACAUUCAGACAAUACAGAGUUUUAGGAAAAGGCGGAUUUGGAGAGGUUUGUGCCUGUCAAGUGCGAGCUACAGGAAAAAUGUAUGCCUGCAAAAAACUAGAAAAAAAAAGAAUAAAGAAGAGGAAAGGUGAAGCCAUGGCUCUGAAUGAAAAAAGAAUCUUAGAAAAAUUGCAUAGUAGAUUUGUAGUUAGUUUAGCCUACACUUAUGAAACCAAGGAUGCUUUGUGUUUGGUGCUAACCAUUAUGAAUGGAGGGGAUUUGAAGUACCACAUUUACAACCUGGGCAAUCCUGGCUUUGAGGAGCAGAGAGCUGUGUUCUAUGCUGCAGAGCUGUGCUGUGGCUUGGAAGAUUUACAGAGGGAAAGAAUUGUAUACAGGUCUUCUGCAUUUCCGUACCAAGUUAGGAUCAGCCUGUUGGUUUCUAAGAAGGCACCAAGUUGCUUCCUGAGUGUUUCUGUCAGCGCACAUGUGGGGAAGGUGACUUGGUGAGCACACUGAGGCUUCGCGGCUAUCUUCUGCCAUCCCAUCUGCCGCCCACUGAGCAGUAUUCUGUAGUUCUUUGUACCUGCACCUCAUGCUUUGUUUUAUUAAGUUUGUUCCUUGGAGUUUCAUUAUUUCCUAGUGCUGUUUUCUUAACUUUUAUUUUUAGAUUAUUUGUUGCUAUAAUGUAGAAAUAGAAUUGAUUUUAUGCAAUGAUCUUGUAUUUUUCCUGAGCUGUUUUUAUUAACUUUAGAAGUGUGUUGUGCAUUACUUAGGAUUUUUGUAUCCAUACCACCAUGUUUUCUACGAAACGGUCUAAGUGGCUACUGUUUGUUCUUGUUUUUCUGAAGUAGAGCCAUGUUGCCCUUCAUGGUCCUUGAAGAGGAUUUGUAUGGCUGUAUUCAAAGCUUUCCUCAGCCCGUCAUCUCAAGCCUAGAAACAUGAGAAAAUCUAGCCUGACAGUGUUCUGUGUUUGUGUGCAGUGACUACAGACACAGUGCAGUUUGAGAAUGACGUGGAGGCUAGCUCCACGUUACCCAUGGGAAGCUGUGUGUGAUGGCAUGAGCAGAAGCAGAAUCUGGAGUUUGUAUAAUAGAAGGCCAAGCCUACUUCUGUUUUAUCUUGAGGGGUAUGGAGACCAUGCUUUCUCUCUGAUCAAAUAUUAAACAGACAUCAGUUAUUUCUGUUUUACUUGGGUUGCCGUUUUCAUUUUUUUCUUUGUGUAGAUUGUUAGCUUUCAAGGGGACUUCUCUACUUGGGAGUUAAAUUUAUCUGUUUAAUCAUUAAGUCAGUUAUCUUGUGCAAAUUAAAGUUUCUAAUUUAGGACCUUCUCAUGACACAGUUUAGUAUGUCAACUUUAUGACCUCUUUUGUAAAUAAAUUUAUAUUCUUCUAGGACUGUGGAACCCAGGAUGAUGAUUAUAUGUGGUUUGUGUUUUGGGGUCCAGCUGUGGUUUACCAUCCUCUGCUUUCCCCUUUCCCCCCUCUCAGGGUUUCCAGAUGUAGUGCACACCAGGUGGAAGGAUGAAGGGAAUCCUGAAUGGGUGGAGUCCUGUAGGAUCCCAGUCAAUGGGAGAGAAAGCUGGGGGAUGAGAGGGUGGUGGGGAGAAGGCCUUCUUUUUGAGAGUCUUAGUGCUGCAGUUCUUUUAGGUGAAGGCCCUUUCCAGUGAUCUUCAAUGAAACAGCUCUCUGAUAUGGUCUUUUUAUUAAUUAAUUAAUUAAUUAAUUGUUUUGUUUCCCAGUGUCACUAUAGUUAGGAGGCAGCCUGUAAAUAACAAAACUAUGCUAGCUAUAAACAAACCGUGCCUGCAGAACAUGUAAUGUUUUAGAGCAGCUGGGGGUAUCUUAGGUUCUUUCUUCAUUGUUAUGAUAAAAUACUCUUGCAAAAGUAACUUCAAGGCAAAAAGUUUAUUUUAGCUCACAGCUCUAUGUUGUAGCUCAUCUUAGUCAAGAAGUCGGAAUGUGAGGGAUCUAGUCACAUUUAAAUGAAGUCAGAUGAGAGCAUUGGGUGCAUGCUUGUUGCUCAGGUGUUUUCUCUGCUUUAUGCAGGCCAGGGUUGAGCCAGGGCAGUGGUGCCAACCACAGUGGCAGGAAUUCCCAUUCAGUCAAUGAAGUCUGACCAGGCAGUGGCUGUGCACACCUUUAAUCCUAGCUUGGAAGGCAGAGUAAGGCUAUUCUCUGUGGGUUCAAGGCCAGCUUGGUCUAUAGAGAUAAUUUCUAGGAAAACCAAGUCUGCACAAAGAAACCAUAGCAGGCACAAUCAGAGACCCACCUCCCAGGGUUUUCUAGAUAGUAAGUUGACACUGAGAAGCACUAGCCAUCAUAGCAUGCGUUGCCAUUUUAUCUUCCUGACGGGAUGGCAUUCAUUCACAGAGAGGAAUAGGGAAGGAAUGUCUGUCCAACAGGCUCUAGUGUUGAUAUUUUCUAAAACAGGAGAAAACUAAAGUCUUGUCUUGUAGUUUCAGUGGAGUGUUCUACUUGUUAUCAAGUAAGAUGCAGACCGUGUGGCUUCAUCUACUUAGUAGAAUGCUGUAGUUGUAAGCAUGCAGAGAAAAUGCUGUUAUAAAGUUACUAAGGGAAUGGAUGUUCACUGUUCAUUGACUCUCUUUGCCUUGUGAUUGAAUUGUGGAUUGAAAAAAAUAACCAUUUCUCCACUCUAUGAAGAAGGGAGUUGAACUUGGUGGCAUGCACCUGUUGGGAGGCUGAAGUGGGAGGAUGGAGAGUGUGAGAACAGUCUUGUCUUCUUUAAGACCCUGCCUCCAAAGAGCAAAAUAAAAGGAAAAGGAAGAGGGUGGUGGGAAUAGUGUGGAGAAGAAAAACCCGAGAAGGACAUAGUUGGACUUUACAGGUUUUCCAGUUGUGAGUUGGUCAAAUAGGCCCUUACUUAGGCAUUGUAAGCUUUCACACGAGAUUUAUCAGCAGCAGAUAUAUGCCUGAACCCCAUGCUAGGGUAUACUCUGGGAAAUAAGGCAAACACAGUACUGCCCCCCAAAGCGCAUACCUUGCUGGUGGAGCUGGAUGAAGACACACAGAAGGAUUUAUAGUGAGUAGUUUAAAUAAUAGACCAGAGCUUUUUUAUGCUUUCUGAAACUUGUAAGGCUAAGGAAAGAUUGCACUUUACAAUGUUUAUAAGAACUGCUCUGAACCAUAUUCUUUUAGGUUAGAAUUUCUGCCUCUUACUAUGUAGUUCUUCAUAUACAAUAUGAUUUAAACAUCUCUAAUCCAAAUAUCUGAAAUUUGAAAGUAUUUUAAAUCCAACCCCCCAUGUGUGUGUGUGUGUGUGUGUGUGUGUGAGUUGCACAUAAGUAUAUGCUUGUCUGUUUGUGUAUGAAUGCACAUGUGUGUGUGGGUACAUGUACAAGUGUGAACACAUGCAUUUGGAGGUCCUAAGUUGACACUGGUUUUCUUUCUUGAUCACUCUCAACUUUAUUUAUUGUAGUAGGGUUUUGGUGAAUUUGGAACUCACCAGUUCCAGCCAGUCUAGUUAACAGUUUUGCCCUAGGAAUAGAUAUCCAGUUUCUGCCUCUUGAGUUCUGGGAUUACAGGCUGCUGUGAUUUCUGUGUACCUUUGAUGUUAGUUCAGAAAGUCUGAACUCCAGUCUUCAGGUUUAUGUGGUAAGCAGUUUAUUUAUUGAGUUAUGUUUCUAGCCCUCAAAAUGUUUGAGCACUGCUCCCAUAAGUGGAAAAUCACACACCAGACCUCAUGUGCUAAGUCACAGUCAGUGCAGGUGCAAGGUUGGAGGUGUGUCACUGGUUGGGUGCUUGCCUCGAACGUGUAAGGCCUGGGUUCAGUCUGUAAUACGACAAUCAGGUGCAUGCACACUAAGAAUAGCGUGCAGACUGCCUUCAGGUUAUGUGCACACUAUGUAUAAGAAACAUAAGAGACUUUGUUUAUAUCUUAGACUGUUCUCAGAGUAUCUCAUUUAUGUAGGUAAAGUAUUUCAAAAGUCUGAAAUCCAAAAGUACUCUUAGUCUCAAAUAUUUUAAAUAAGUUAUACUUAACCUAUACUAGGAAGUAAACCCAUUUCUUGAGUUGCUUUCAGAGGCAACUCAACAUUUUAGAAAAUGGACUCAGAAUAAUACUAGCUUUCUUUAAAGGUACUGGGUCCAAGUUUCUUAGUAAAGAUCACUUAACACUCAUGGCAGUAGGGGCUGCAGAAACAGCUUAGCAGUUAUGAGUGUUUGCUGCUCUUAUAGAAGGCCAGAGUUCAGAUUCCAACACCCACAUCAGGUAGUUCACAAAUACCCAUGGCUUCAAUCCAUAGGAACAGUUAUAUAUAUACAUACAUACAUACAUACAUACAUACAUACAUACAUACAUACAUACACACACAUAUAUGUAUGUGUGUCAUAAAUAGUAAUAAAAAAUAAAUCUUAAAGAACUCUUCAUGGCAAUUAGCCCAUUAGUGCCUUUGUCUUUGCUUUCCAUUCUCGCUCCAACCAGGAGAACAGUUCUUUCCUGUGCAUGUUGGUGUCUAGAUGCUUAUUAUAUAUAUGGGCAGUAAGAUAAUUUUCUGACAGUGAGCACUAGCAAAGUAAAGAUCUAUUGAUAUCUGCAGAAGAGAAAGCAGAUGAACUCCUGGAAAGAGGAUCAUGUAGUAGGAGAGAAGAGCUCUUUUAAAGUAUUUUAAAAGCAAAUUGUUGGGGUUGGGGAUUUAGCUCAGUGGUAGAGCGCUUGCCUAGCAAGUGCAAGGCCCUGGGCUCGGUCCCCAGCUCCGGAAAAAAAGAAAAAAAAAAAAAAGCAAAUUGUUAGAAUUCAUUGGAUAAGCCACUUGUGUGGGGCUCAUAUUUGGAUAGCUGGGCAGACAUCUUGUUAUUUUGCCAAAGAAAUAAGUGUCACAGUUUAUGAGUUUCUUCUUGCGAUGGUGCUACCUAUGCAGUGACAAACUCCCAGUGAUCUGAGCCUGCUCAUUGAAAUGCAGAGUUUUCUGCUGCCGUGUCACUAUUCCCUAAGACAGAUUGCAGCUAGGGCUUGUUAAGGUUAUCUUGCUCUGUUUAAUAUCCUGGUCUACCAGAAAUGUUUCUGUCCAAAGGAAGAACAGGGACAAAAAAAUGGAACAGAGACUGAAGGAAGGGCCAACCAUGGACUGCUCCACCUGGGGAUCCAUCAUGUCUGCAGACACCAAACCCUGUUUGACCAAACACUGUUGCUAUGGUCAAGAGGUGCUUGCUGACAGUAAUCUAGUGUGAAGGUUCCUGAGGAAGUCCAGCCAGCAACUGACCAAUGCAGAUGUGGAUGCUUGGAGCCAACCAUCAGAUGGAGCUCAGGGAACCUGGUGGGGGAGCUGGUGGAAGGACUGGAGGAUCAGAGGGGAAUUGCAACCCCAUUGGAAGAACAACAAAGGCUGGCAUGACCACCCAGUUCUCCCAGAGUCUAGCCCACCAACCAAGGAGUGUUCCUGGAGGGAGCCAUAGCUCCAGAUAUAUAUGUAGCACAUGAUGGCCUUGCCUGACAGCAACAGGUGGGGAGGCCCUUGGUCCUGGGGAGACUUGAUGCCCAGCAUAGGGGGAUGCUGGAGUGGUGGGGAGGGUGCUGGAGUGUGGGUGGAUGAGCACUGUCACAGAAGUAAAGGGGAGGGAGGAUUACUGGGAAUUGGGAUAUCAUUUGAGAUGCAAAUGAAUGGAAUGAUUGAUAAAAAAAUAAUAUCCUGGUCUAAACAUUGAGGCUAAUGUUCCAGUUGUUCUGAGUCGUGCCAACCUCAAGCUCUUCUCUUAGUGUCAUUCUGAAUUGUUCACAUUGUGGGUGCAGCUUUCCUCUUUAGUGUGGCCCUGGUCUACCCCUUCUUGGUCUCAUUCCCCAGAAAAGCCCGAUGACUCGUUCUCCCAAGGCAUCAAUGAAAAAAGGAGAAAGCCAUCCUGUGGUGGCAGGCAGGCCUAAAAUGAGGGAUAAUAGGUGAUUCAUACCAGUUCAGAGCAUUCUCUCUGAAGAGUAUCUGCAAUUCUGCUAUCUCAAGACUCGGUAACAGGUUGUAAAAUGGGAUUGAAAUGGAAAAGUACUACCUUUAGUAGGAAGCGGAGUAUGAAACCAGAAAAGUAAGCUGGUGUUGUGUAUGAUGCAUUGUAACACUGAGACUCCAGACAAAAACUGGUACCAGGAAUGGAAUAUUCCUCUGAUAGGCCUGAGGAUUUGGGGACUUUGAAUUUGGAAAGCUGUGGAAUGCUUUAAGUGGGGCUUAAAGGACAAUCCUAGUAGGACUAUAGAAAACAUUGGUGCGAAGGGUGAUUUGAAAUGUAUAGACCUGGCCCAAGAUGUUUCAGAGGAGAAGAAUGUUAGUAUGUGGCCUAGAGACUUUUUUUUUUUGUGAUAUUUUGGAGACGAAUGUGGCUGCUUUUUGCCUGAGGCUAAAUUGAAGAUACUCAGAUUAAUUGUAUUGACCAAGGAGGUCUCAAACAAUCCAGUUUAGAUUCUGUGCUGUGAUUUAGUCUCAUGAAGAGUAUUUUGAUGAAGCAUAGCAAGCUUUAAAAGAAAAAAUAUAAGAUGUUUGGUUCAAGUAAUAAAGGGUUACCAGGAAGUAAAAUGGAGCAGAAUCCUGUGUUCAAGGAGAUAAACAUAUUUAAGGGAGUGGUGACUUUGGGGCAAGAUUACACCUAGCUAAGCUUACUGUUUAUGCAUUUGCUGUUGUACAAGGAAUAAUUUGGACUUUUAGUCUGGAAUGAACUACAAUACAGAAAUGGAGGACACACCUAUGAUCCAUGUUUUGAGGCUGGAAGACAUAGGCUUUAGAUCCAGAUCUUGAGGCUAGUGGCCAGGGAAAGCUUAGGCCCAGGCAUGGUGGUUGGUACACAUCUUUAAUCCCAGGAGACAGAGGUUCAAGGCCAGGAGAACUUGCUCUGUCCCAGGAGAACUCUGGGUUUAAGGCCGGCCUGGGACAGAUUAAGUUCUAGGUGAAGAAAAGCUUAAGCACAGGCAUGGUGAGACGCCUUUAAACCCAGCUUUUAGGAGACAGACCCAUGCAGAUCUCUUGAGUUCAAGGUCAGUCUACAGAGCAAGUUCCAGGACACAGCCAAGCUCAGGCAGUGAAGGAAUUGGAAAACAGAAAGCUGGUGAUAAUGUAAUAGAACAAGGGGGCUAUGUUCUAGCUCCAGCAAGCAGCAGAACUUGGCAGCUUUGGCCAUAUGGCUCUGGCUUUAGUGUCAAGAAUAGAAGGGAUAAUUGCUGGGACAAUUGAUGCUGGUUAGCUGUAGCUAAGAAGUUAGUGGUGUGUAAGAAGAGACCAGCAUCAUUGGAGUGAAAUCUUUUGGAAAGUAUUUUCUGAGAGCACAAAGAAGUUGUGUUCCAGGGAUAGCCAAGCUUGGACCUCAUGCUGCAGCUGCACUUGGUAAUGUGUAAGAUCACCCAUGUGGUAUUUUGAAGGUGUGAAGAGGUCAUGGAGAGCAGCUGAGGCUUGGCACUCACUGUAAGAGGCCAUAGAAACACCAUUUGCAGUUGACAACCUAGGACUGAAGGGGUCUUGCAAAGAAGUUGAGGCUUGGCACCAUGAAGAGAGCCUAUUAGAGGUUAUUGGUGAAGUCUAGUUGCAAUGGAAGACUAGAUGAAUUGGAGAUGCCAGUACUAUACAAUGAUCACCAAGAACAGCAGCAGUGGAGUGGACUCAACCGGAGCCUAGAAUGCUGGAGAAGAGACCCAAGCCCUGUGGCAGAACCCAGAAGACCAUGAUUGGAUCCCAGACAUUCUAACAAGAAGGUGUGAAGUGAAGUUACCUUGGAUACCCCAAAAUAUUAGAGAUGUCAAAGUCAUGAGGAAAGCUGCUAGCAGUGAGUAGAAAGCUGCUAGCAGUGAGUAGAACCGUUCAAAUAGAAAGAAUUGUGCUGUAGUCAUCAAAUCAGAAAGGA